GAAUAGACCGGUGAUUUAAAGUAAAAAUGGCAAAAAUUGUAUUCUGCUUUUUGUGCUUUUUAUCGUAUAUACAAGGUGAGGUUCUCUCACUGGAUACGACGAGACAGAUAGAAAUCUUUCGGGAAGUGUUUCAGAAAGAAAUAAACCAUUUGAACGGUAAAAUAAUUUCUUUAGAAGGUAAAUAUAACGAUUUGAACGGUGCAUUCAAGGAUUUGGAAGGAGAAAACAAAGAACUGCGAAAUGAACUUCAUGUCCUAAAGGCCGACAAAUCUACAACCGCCGAAGAACCCGUGCAAAAAGACCCUGAUAUUGCACUUGACAACACGUCUCCUCGAAAGGGAUUGCUUGUCCCAAAACGCGCUGCCAAUGGGGAGAUCGUGGCGUUCCACGCGAAACUACAUUCAUCUAAAUGCUUUCAGCCGCACGAUAUCAUCGUGUUUGACAAUGUUGUAACAAAUAAUGCGAACGCUUACGACGGAUCAGAUGGCAUAUUUACCGCCCCAAUCUCGGGAACGUACGUCUUCAUCUGGAACUUUAGCUCAAUGGAAAGUUCUGACAACGUUCUAGAGCUUGUGGUUCACGGCGCUGGCAUAGGGUCGUCCAUCUCAGACAGUGCACACAAUACUGGGGAUUCUCAUCCAGCAGCUGGCAUUGCCGUCGUGAACGUUGAAGUCGGACAACGAGUCUUUGUGAGAAAGCUUGCCGGCAAUGGUAUUUUCUGUGAACUUCUUAGUAACUAUGGGUAUUUCAUAACAACAUUCAGUGGCUGGCUCCUGUCAUAAGAAAGCUUUAUUUGCAGAGACAUUUUACCUUCUGAAUACUAUGAGUUGUAGCUAUGUAAUAGGAAAUAUUCAAAAUAUGAAAUGAAUUUCGUCACUUAUUUGCCCCAUCCCGAAAAUGAUGGGAAUUGUUACAUUAAAUUCAUGUAAAUUCAGCGUACUAUAAGCGUAGUUGGGAAUUUAAAUCUACACACGGAUUUGUCACAACCGUUAGCAAUUGUGCACUUUGCAAUACAUAUAUGCCAUUAAGUGAUUCAAAAAAUAAACAUACUCUAGCAAAAUAUAUAGCUGUUGUGUAAUAACUAUUUGAUGUAGAAAGCCAGUGAGCUUAUCCACACUAUAAAAUCUUGAUAACGACAUUGCAUAAAUCCUCGAUUUAACAGUUCUUUGAACGUAGUACAUAAACAAGAGGGCCGCAAAGCGAACACCAACGCUCGUCUGAUGUGUUUUUUUCCAGUCGCACAAGGAACAUAACUCAUUGAUUAUUAAAUAAAGAU